AUGGGAACCCCCCCCCUCCCCACCAUGACCCUCCCCUCUGACUCAGAUCUGGGGGCGGAGCUCCACAGCGACAGCACCUCAGCCUUGUCUUUGGACUCCAGCGUCUUCUUCAGUGAGACCAUGGCGUCCUGCGUCCUUGGAGACGUCCUCGUCGUCAACGUGGGUGGGCGUCGCCAUGCGCUGUCACAGGAGCUGCUGGCAUCGCACCCGGAGACGCGGCUCGGGAAACUGGCUCGCUGCAGCCGGGACGCGGCGCUGGAGCUCUGCGAUGACGCGGACCUCCUGGAGAACGAGUUCUUCUUUGACCGCAACGCACAGACCUUCCAGUAUGUGAUGAACUUCUACCGCACAGGUCACCUUCACGUCAUGGAGGAUCUGUGUGAGAUCUGCUUCCUGCAGGAGAUCCAGUACUGGGGCAUCGACGAGCUCCGGAUACACCCGUGCUGCCGUGAACGUUACUAUCGCCGCAAAGAGCGGAGACGAACCCUCACCGUCCACACAGAGCUCGAGGCUGAGGACGAUGGCGAUGAGGACUUUGUGGGCGUGGCCUGUCCUGCUCUGCGCCGGCGUCUGUGGAACCUUCUGGAGAAACCCGACUCGUCGCCGGCUGCCCGCACCUUAGGCUCGCUGUCCGUCUUCUUCGUGGUUCUGUCCGUGAUUAGUAUGAUUCUCGUCUCGCUGGACUUGGGCGAGGACUUUGGUGCGAGGAGCGUCGGUGUCGGCGCCCCCGUGCUGUUUGCCACGCUGGAGAACGUGUGCGUGGUGUGGUUCACGGGCGAGCUCGCGCUGCGGUUCCUCUGUGCGAGGAACAAGUGCCACUUCAGUCGUAGCGUCGCCAACAUCAUCGACCUGCUCGCCAUCCUGCCGUUCUAUGUGACGCUGGUGGUGGAGAGUCUGCGCGGAGGAAGCAGCGAGCUGGAGAACAUGGGCCGCGUGGUGCAGGUGCUGCGACUGCUGCGCUCUCUGCGAAUGCUGAAGCUGGGACGACACUCCACAGGACUGAAGUCUUUGGCCGUGACCAUCACUCAGAGCUACGAGGAGGUCGGCCUCCUGCUCCUCUUCCUCGGCGUCGGCAUCUCCAUCUUCGCCAUGGUGAUCUUCGCGUUAGAGCAUGACCUUCCCGCCACGACCUUCACCAGCGUUCCAGCCGCAUGGUGGUGGGCGACCACGUCCAUGACCACGGUGGGAUAUGGGGACGUGCGUCCCGACACGGCGGUGGGGAAGGUGCUGGCGUUUGUCUGCAUCCUGUCGGGGAUCCUGGUCCUGGCUCUGCCCAUCGCCAUCAUCAACGACCGCUUCUCCGCCUGCUACUUCACCAUGAAGGUGAGGGAGGCAGACGUGCGGCACGCCGACAUGCUCAGGAGGUUGGCCCGCGGCUCAUUCGCGGGGGAGACGGGGGAAGACGGAGUCGGGGGAGGAGUGAACCUGAGGGACGCCUACGCGAGGAGCGUGCUGGAAAUGAUGAGCCUGCAUGGAUGCGAGCGGACGAGCACACGCAGCAGCGCAGAAGAAGAGUGCUGGUGAAACGUGUCCAGCACAGUCCAGCACGGUUUCUGACGAGGUUCAACAUGUCAUCAGACGUCAUCAGAC